AUGAAUGCUAAAAUAACCAAUGCUUUGAUUUAUAUGAUCACAGUUGAUCACCUUCCCUUAUCUUUCACAGAACGUAAAGGAUUUCAAUAUUUCAAAAAGGUCGCUUUACCACUAUAUAAGGCUCCAGGGCGUUCUACAAUUACAAGACAAGUUGAUGAAAAAUAUACAGUUUUAAGUUCCAAAAUUAAAGAUAAAUUCAAGUUGGUGGAUAAUUUUUGUCUAACAACUGACGCAUGGACUGAUAGUUUGAAUAAUCGAAGUUUUUUGGGACUAACUGUUCAUUAUCUUCAAGAAACAGAACUAAAAUCAAUUACAAUAGGAGUAUUUUUAUUAGAAAACAAGCAUACAUACGAUUAUAUUGGAACUACUUUACUACAUUGUUGUCACGAAUGGAAUAUUUCUAAAGAUAAAAUAACAGCAGUUAUUACAGACAAUGCAGGAAAUAUGGUGAAAGCUGUGCAUGAAUUUUUUGGUAGUAAGAAACAUUUACCAUGUUUUGCGCAUACUACCAAUUUAAUUGUUACCAACAGUUUGAAAGAUGUCAAUAAUAUUAUUUCUUCAGUGAAGGCUAUUGUUACGUUUUUUAAAACAAGUCAUGAUGCGGCCCAAAAACUUCGAACAUAUCAAAUACAGAAUGGGAAAACAGAAGGUUCUUGUCUGAAACUUAUUCAAGAUAUAAGUACUAGGUGGAAUUCGACAUACUACAUGUUGAAACGAUUUUUGGAGCUUGCACCAUUGAUUAGCAUUAUCCUUUUUGACAAUCAAAAUAUUAAAAUGAUUGAUCAAGAAAACAUUGCAAUUUUGAAAGAGUUGAUAUUGGUUUUAGCUCCCUUUGAAGCCAUGACUGUCGAAAUGUCAGGACAAAAUUAUGUCACUUCAAGUAAGGUUAUACCAAUAGUACACUGUCUAAAGCUUACUUUAGAUAAAGUAGAAGUUAGCACUAACGUUGUCAAACAAAUUUUGAAUAAGUUAAAAGAGGAGGUAGCGAGAAGGUUUUAUUCGGAUAAUUCCAGCGUGGAAAAAAAUAAUUUGCUGUCAGUUUCUACUAUACUCGAUCCAAGAUUUAAACGCAUACACUUUGAAAAUCCAUUAGCAGAUACAGCAGCAGUUGCAAGAAUAAAAGUUUUAAUUGAUGAACACAAAAAAAAUGACUCAGUGUCAGUGUCACCACGAAAUUAUGACAAAAACCAAGAAAAACUUACUGACAUGACCAGUACUGGAUUAAAUUUAUGGGCGGUUCAUGACAAAUUAUCCAUUAAACAAAAUGAAGGAGUUUGUAACAAUUCAGGUAUACCUUCUGAAUUAAAAAACUAUUUAAACCAAACCUUAAGUUCAAGAACAGAAGAUCCUAUCAAGUUUUGGACUUCGGUCAAACAUGUAUAUCCAUAUUUAUCAAAAAUUGCUUUGAAACACUUAAGUAUUUUAGCCACAUCAGUGCCGUCUGAAAGACUUUUCAGCAAAGCGGGUAUUAAUUUAAGUGAACUGAGAAAUAGACUUGCAAGUAAAAGACUCUCCGCUCUUCUUUUUUUAGGAUCUCUAGAGGAAGACGAGUGGCAUUUAAAUAAUUGA